AUUAGGGAGAACCCCGCAGUGACAAUCUAAUUUAUUUUAAGCGUGUUGUGUUUUGUGUUUAAUAAUCUGACAGCUUUUGCCAUGACUCCGACGUUAGAUUGUGUUGCAUCGUUAAACGAUCACGGGGACAGAGUAUGGGACGUGAAGUGGAAUCCUAAAGGAACACUGUUGGCGACUUGUGGCACAGAUAAAACCAUACGGAUAUGGGGAAAAGAAGGUGAUAAAUGGGUUUGCAAAUCAAUUCUUCAAGAUGGUCAUCAAAGAACUAUCCGUAAAGUAGGUUGGUCCCCAUGCGGUAAUAAACUAGCUUCUGCAAGCUUCGAUGCCACUAUUUGUAUCUGGGAUAAAAGUUCCGGACAAUUUGAAUCUGCUGCCACAUUAGAAGGUCAUGAAAAUGAAGUAAAAGCAGUAGCAUGGUCACAAUCUGGAGAAUAUUUAGCUACUUGCUCAAGGGAUAAAUCAGUCUGGAUCUGGUCAGUUGAUGACGAAGAAGACGAUUUUGAAUGCGCGGGCGUUCUUACUGUUCAUACACAAGACGUAAAAGACAUAGCAUGGCAUCCUUUUGAACCGAUUGUUGCAUCUGCCAGUUACGAUGAUACGAUAAAAUUGUUUAAAGAAGAUGAUGGCGAAUGGCUUUCAUUCGCCACCUUGUCCGGUCAUUCGUCUACUGUAUGGUCAGUUUCGUGGUCAAAGGACGGUAGGCGGUUAGUGUCAGGUUCAGACGAUAAAACAAUAAAAGUUUGGCAAAAAUAUGAACCUGGUAAUAUGGAAGGAAUUGCAACUAAAGGAGAAACUCCUACUUGGAAAUGUGUGUGCACCUUAUCUGGCUAUUUUAAUCAACCAAUAUACUGUGUCACUUGGUGUCAUCAAACAGACAUGAUUGCAGCAUGCAGCGGUGACAAUUCUAUUAUAGUUUUUCGUGAAGAUGAGAGCUCUGGGGAUUCUGAUCCUAUUUUUAGUGUUGUUGCCUCAACUCAGCAAGCACAUGAUCAAGAUGUUAACGCUGUGUCAUGGAAUCCAACCACACCAGGCCUUUUAGCAUCUUGUAGUGAUGAUAGUUGCAUUAAACUGUGGAAAAUAGAAAUUGACGGAUGAGCAUUGAAUUAGUGCUUGUCAUACAGAUGGUCACUAAUACUGUUAAGAAGGAAUUCUGGUCUUAAUUAUUGUUUUGUGGCCCUGGAUUUUCUUUGCAACUUUAUGCUUCAAUAGGAAUGUGAUGACUGACGACCUAUUUUUAAACUCUAAUUUCUCUAUAUAUUAUAAAGAACUAUUUCUUCUUAAAAAUAAGGGCAUGACUUUACAUGGGUAUUUCAAUUGGAAGAUUUAUUCUUUAGUGCAAUUGUUAGGAGGUAAUAACAAAAAAUAAUUAUGUUGGGAACAUAUCAGUUUGAAACUUCAUCUACCUUAUUCUCUGGCCACAGUCCUUAUUUCUUGCAUUGUAGUGAUUCAGUAUUUGGACAACUAGCACAGGUAAGAUGCAAAUAGAGUUUGGUCACAAAGAAAUAACUUUUAUUAGCUGCAUUUAUUUAAUUGAGUUUGCUAUGUGGCAUAUUUCAACGACUCCAUAAUAACUUAGGCAAACACAUAUGCAAGGUUAAAUGCAAUGUAGCGUGUGAGACC